AUGACAAGCAAUGAAGCAGAAAAAACAAUUAAUUCUUCUAUAAAUAAUACAAAUGAUACACCAUUAAAAUCAAUAGUCGAAACGCCAUUAACUGAAUCACUUAUAAAUGACCUUUUUCAUCAACAAAAUAAUGAUGGUUCUUUUCCAGCAACAGAAAAAUUUGGUAAAUUAUUCAAUGUUAAUUUUGAACUAAUUAAAAAUCAAUUAAAAGACAAAGGCUUAGAAUCCUCAAUUUCCGAUGAAAUUCAUCGACUUAUAUCAACAGCUUCCAUUCUUUUUUAUUUUUUAUAUCAUAGUCAAAAAACAAAAUUUCCUGUUGAUAUUACUACUAUUAAUCAAUUUGUAACAAAUGCACGUUCCGAAUUAGAAGGUCUUUCACUUAAAGAUGAUCCAAUUAUUCAAACAUAUGUUGAUAAAGGUGAAUUAGCUGUGAAAUUUGUUAUUGAUACACGUGAAAAAUAUGCUAAUAUUUGUCAUGAUUUAAAAUUACCUCAAAAUAAUUGGGAAUUAUAUAUUCAACAUUUAAUGGAUUUAGAUAAACAAAAAUAA